AUGUCUGAUUGGGACGAAGAUACUGAUUAUUAUACAAUUCUUGGCGUAGGAUUUAAUGCUACUGAAGAUGAAAUCAAGAAGGCACAUAGAAACCAAGCCAAAAAAUAUCAUCCAGACAAAAAUAGAGAUGAUCCUGAAGAAGCUACAAGAAUAUUUAAUUUGGUAGAGAAGGCGUAUAAUACAUUAAGUGACCCAAAGAAGAAAGCCGAUUAUGACAAGCAAUUUGUCAAACAAUCAGGUUUCGCUUCUUUUGGCUUUGGAAAAAUAUUAGAUUAUUUUAAUGACAAAGAUAUUGAUGAAAUAGACGAAGAUGAAGACUUUUCAGAUUCAAUUUCCGGAUUUUAUCAACGAAAUGAACGUAAAUUUAUUUCCAUUGCAAAAGAAGAAGGAAUUUACGAUCAAGCUCCAUUAUUUGGUCGCUCCAACUCCCCGUGGGAUGUCGUCAACGAGUUCUAUAUGUAUUGGUCGAACUUUACAACGAAAAGACGCCAUGAUGAAAACGCGGCCGGACUUUCGGAGAAACAAUACGAAAAAUCAGUUAAAGAAGAAACGAUUAAAUACACUAGACAGAUCAGAGAUUUAGUCAAGAAAAUAAAAUCUGUCGAUCCUCGUGUAAAACGUCAAGCAAAGCUUCUCGAAGAGAAGAAUCAGCGUAAGAACAUCGAGUUAGAACGAAAGAAAGCCGCAGAUCAUAAAAAAGUACUUGAACAAAUCGAAAAAUACCAAAAUGAAGAUAAUUACGAUCCAAACAAGCAUAUUAUACUCAAAGACUUCGACAAUGAUGAUAAGGAUGAGGAAUCAAUACUUACUUGCACAUACUGUGACCGAAGUUUCUCUGAUGAACAAAAAUUUAUUACUCAUUGCAAGACAAACAAGCACCAAAAGGCUGUUUCGAAGGCCAAAGCCCAGUUCAUCAAGGAUCCACACUCUUUUACUCAUACUCCAGCUCUUUACGUAAUUCUCGGUUUAUCUCCAUCCGAAAUCGAGCAAUACGGCAAUGAAAAGGUCGCAAACAUGCCAUUGGUUGAGGAAAAGAAGCAAGCAACUGUCCAAAGAGGCUCUUCGACCCAAAUCGAAGCGAAAUCAGAUGAAAAUUCAGAAGAAGAGGAAAAUGACGAUGAAAAGGAGUUCGAAGGUUUCGUACGUAAGAAAGAGAAGAAGAACAACACGAAACCAAAGGAACAAUCCGAAAACAGAGGAAAUGACAAUAAAUAUAACGGAAAAUUCAGAGGAAAAAUCAAACCAAAGGGUAAAAAACAGAACGACAAUGACGAGGAAGACUGGAAGGGUCGUCGUUCUUCAAACAGAAGAGGUAAAUCUAAGAAUGAAAAAGAUGAUGAAGAAAAUACACCAAGAAGGAAACAUCAGAAGGGCCACAGGAACUCUGAUGACGAUGUUGAUGAAGAAAUCCAGAAAGAAGAAGAAAUUCAAGUUAAAUCUCGAGAUAUCGAACUUGAUCAGCCAGAAAACGAAGAAAACAAUGCAGAAGAAGAACAAAACGAAGUUAUUGUGCCACAACCACAGCAAAAGAACAACAAUACGAAGAAGGGAAGAAAAGGAAAACAACAAAAGAAGAAAAACCAAAAAUUACAAGUAGAAAAGGAAGAAGAAAAAAUCGGAACAAAACCUCCUGAACCAGAGGAACCAGAAGAAGUAGAAGAAAUAAAGGAAGAAGUGAAGGAAGGAAAAGUAGAAAUUGAUGAUGAAGAAAAACCUGAAGCAAAAGAGAAUUUGUUCGCAGCGUUGAUGGAUGAUGAACCAGAACAGAACGAGGAAGUUGAUAAUGAUGCAGAAGAACAAAGUUUCGAACAAAAUGAAAAAGAAAUUAAUGAUGAAGAAGAAAAGAAAGAAGAGCAGGUUGAAGAAGUAGAAAAGAAGAGCAAAUCAAUGAUUCCAAUCAUUGCUAUCUCUGUUCUUUUAAUUUUACUGUUAAUUGGAGCUGCAUUUUGGUUCCUCCAGUUUAAUAAAUAA